AUGAAGCAAGAAAAGAGAAGGAGAGCUGUAGAUGAAUUGUUAAUUAUGGAAGAGAACGGAGUAUUACCAUAUGGUGCAUUGAAGAAGACAGCAGAUAAGUAUGGUGUUACAAGACACACAAUAGAGAGAUUAUGGAAAAGAGCAUGCAAUCAAAGAGUUACGGGUGAUGUCAUUGAUGUCAGGUCAAGGAAAAAGGGAACUGUGGGGAGGAAAUCAGUGGAAUAUAGUGAGGAGUUUCUCCAAUCAGUGCCACUGAAUUUACGCACUUCAGUUAGAUGCUUUGCUGGGGCACUCAAAGUGUCUCCUUCAACAAUUUAUAGACUGCUCAAGAAGGGGAAGCUCAGAAGCCAUACAAGUAGCAACCAUCCAAGUUUGACAGAGACUCACAAAUUGGAGAGGAUGAAGUGGGUUCUAUCCCACAUUCUACCUGGCACACCCACUGUACAAGCAGAGUUUAUACACAUGGAGAACAUCAUACACAUUGAUGAGAAAUGGUUCUAUUUGAACCCAGAUACAAGGAGAUUUUAUUUAUUGCCAAGAGAAGAUGAUCCAUAUAGAUGUUGCCAAUCAAAGAGAUUCAAAAUUAAAGCUAUGUUUAUGGGGGUAGUAUCAAAACCAAUGUAUGAUGCUCAAGGUAAUCUCAUUCAUGAUGGCAAGUUUGGCAUCUUUCCUUUUGUAGAGAGGGUGGCAGCAAAAUACACUACCAAAAACAGAGAUAAGGGCACAUUGAACAAAGGCUGUUGA